AUGUCCAACCCCUAUGGUCAAGGUGGCCAACAGCCAUCCGAAUACUCGCAAGCCCCUGCCGGCGACCCAUUUAACACCCCUCCCCCCGCCCUCGCAUACGAUGGGCAGCCCGGCGUUCCCAGCCCUGGCGGUCAGUAUUCGUACUACAAUGACAACGAGUCCGACAUGGGCGCCCGAUACGAGGGUGGCGGCAUGGCCCGCGACACCUGGGCCAGUGAGAGCGGCUGGAGUGGCAACGACCAAAACUACCCCGCUUCCGAGCAGUCUCAUUACGGUCAGCAGGGGUACCCUUCCCGCGCGUCCACGCCCACGUACACCGAGAGCAAGGACGGCCACCGCACUCGCGAGCCAUACCCGGGAUGGUCCCUCGACCAUAACAUUCCUCUCUCCAAGGAGGAGAUCGAAGACGUUCUCAUCGACCUCCAGAAUAAAUUCGGUUUCCAGAAGGACUCCUGCCGCAACAUCUUUGAUUUCCUCAUGAUCCAGCUUGACUCGCGUUCUUCGCGCAUGUCGCCCAACCAGGCCCUCCUGACGCUUCACGCCGACUAUAUCGGUGGAGAGCAUGCCAACUAUCGUAAAUGGUAUUUCGCGGCGCAGCUCGACCUGGAUGACGCUAUUGGUGCCGUCAACAACCCCGGGUUGGCUCGUGUACGCUCUGUUGCGCGCAAGAACAAAAACGCGGCUGCGGGUUCAGCUCAGGGCAAGUCGCUCGAGUCGGCCACAAACCGCUGGCGCACUGCCAUGAACAACAUGAGCCAGUAUGACCGUCUCCGCCAAGUCGCACUCUACCUGCUCUGCUGGGGCGAAGCAGCUCAGGUCCGCUUCAUGCCCGAGUGCUUGUGCUUCAUUUUCAAGUGCGCGGACGACUACUACCGCUCGCCAGAGUGCCAGAACCGCAUGGACGCUGUGCCCGAAGGACUCUACCUUCGCGCCGUAGUGAAGCCUCUCUACAACUUCUUGCGUGACCAGGGCUACGAGGUUGUCGAUGGCAAGUUCCUGCGUCGCGAGCGUGACCACGACAAGAUCAUUGGUUACGACGACGUCAACCAGUUGUUCUGGUACCCAGAAGGCAUCGGACGUAUUCGCCUCACUGACAACACACGCCUCGUCGACCUUCCCCCCUCACACCGCUUCCUGAAGUUCGACCGAAUCGACUGGACCAAGGUGCUCUUCAAGACCUACCUCGAGAAGCGCUCCUUCGUCCACCUUCUGGUAAACUUCAACCGCAUUUGGGUCCUUCACAUUUCUGUCUUUUGGUUCUUCACUGCCUACAAUGCCCCGAAGAUCUACUCGCGUCCGAACUCGCAAAGACCCACGACGCCGAUGUCUUGGUCGAUGACGGCGCUUGGAGGUGCCGUCGCCACCAUCAUUAUGAUUCUCGCCACCCUUGCCGAGUUUAGCUACAUCCCCACCAGCUGGAACAACACGGCCCACCUGACUCGCCGGUUGCUGUUCCUUGCCAUCGUGCUAUUCCUCACACUCGCGCCUUCAAUCUACAUUGGCUUCUUCAACCAGGACGGCAACCUGUCGCUUAUCUUCGGCAUUGUGCAGUUCUUCAUCUCGGUUGUUGCCACCAUCCUCUUUGGUGUUGUGCCCUCGGGCCGCAUGUUCGGUGACCGCGUCGCCGGCAAGAACCGCAAGUAUCUCGCAAACCAGACUUUCACGGCCUCGUACCCCUCGCUGUCUCUUGGCGGCCGUCUCUCGUCGAUUCUCCUCUGGGUCCUCGUGUUUGGCUGCAAGUUUACCGAGUCGUACUUCUUCCUUUCUCUGUCGUUCCGUGACCCUGUGGGCGUCAUGACUGGCAUGAUCAUUCAGAACUGCAGCGACAAGUACUUCGGCCGGGCGCUCUGCAUGAACCAAGCCAAGUUUGCACUGGCGGUCAUGUUCUGCAUGGACCUUACACUCUUCUUCCUGGACACCUUCCUGUGGUACGUCAUCUGGAACACGAUCUUCUCGAUCGCCCGCUCGUUUGCUAUCGGCAUGAGCAUUUGGACUCCAUGGCGCGACAUCUUCUCGCGCCUGCCCAAGCGCAUCUAUGCCAAGAUUCUCGCCACGAACGAGAUGGAGGUAAAGUACAAGCCCAAGGUGCUUGUCUCUCAGGUUUGGAAUGCUGUCAUCAUCUCGAUGUACCGCGAGCACCUGCUUUCGAUCGACCACGUCCAGCGACUCCUGUACCACCAGGUUGCGUCGGACCAGCCCGGCAAGCGUACUCUGCGUGCCCCCGCCUUCUUCAUCUCGCAGGGUGACAGCAAGUCGAAGAUGGAGUUCUUCCCCAAGGGUUCGGAGGCUGAGCGCCGCAUCUCAUUCUUCGCUCAGUCGCUCACUACGACUCUCCCUGAACCCCUUCCCGUUGACUCGAUGCCAACCUUCACCGUUCUUGUUCCCCACUACUCGGAGAAGAUCCUACUCUCCCUUCGUGAGAUUAUUCGCGAGGAGGACCAGAACACCCGCGUCACUCUCCUCGAGUACCUCAAGCAGCUUCACCCGAUCGAGUGGGACAACUUCGUCAAAGACACCAAGAUUCUUGCCGAGGAGUCGAACAUGUUCAACCCGUCUAACCCCUUCGCUGGCGAUGAGAAGGCCGACAGCAAGCGCGCCGACGACAUUCCCUUCUACACUGUUGGUUUCAAGUCGGCGGCGCCUGAGUACACUCUCCGCACGCGUAUCUGGGCGUCUCUCCGCGCCCAAACCCUUUACCGCACUGUUUCGGGUUUCAUGAACUACUCCAAGGCCAUCAAGCUCCUCUACCGUGUUGAGAACCCUGAGGUCGUUCAGAUGUACGGCGGCAACACCGACCACCUUGAGCGCGAGCUCGAGAGAAUGGCGCGUCGCAAGUUCAAGUUCGUUGUGUCCAUGCAGCGCUACGCCAAGUUCAACAAGGAGGAGCAUGAGAACGCCGAGUUCCUGCUUCGCGCGUACCCGGAUCUUCAGAUUGCCUACCUCGACGAGGAGCCAUCCCGUAAGGACGGUGGCGAGGCGCGCAUCUUUUCGGCACUCAUCGACGGUCACUCUGAGAUCCUGCCUAACGGUCGUCGUCGCCCCAAGUUCCGCAUUGAGCUUCCUGGUAACCCCAUUCUUGGUGACGGCAAGUCGGACAACCAGAACCAUGCCAUCAUCUUCUAUCGUGGCGAGUACCUCCAGCUCAUCGACGCCAACCAGGACAACUACCUCGAGGAGUGCCUCAAAAUUCGUAACGUCCUUGGCGAGUUUGAGGAGUUCCAGGUCUCGCAGCAGUCGCCGUACGCGUCCCAGGGUCACAAGGACUUCAAGAAGUUCCCUGUCGCUAUCGUCGGUGCUCGCGAGUACAUUUUCUCAGAGAACAUCGGCAUUCUUGGUGACAUCGCCGCUGGCAAGGAGCAGACCUUCGGUACCCUCGCAGCUCGUUCGCUGUCGUUCAUUGGCGGCAAGCUCCACUACGGUCACCCUGACUUCCUCAACGCCAUCUUCAUGAACACACGUGGAGGUGUCUCCAAAGCACAGAAGGGUCUUCACCUGAACGAGGACAUCUACGCUGGUAUGAACGCUUUCGGUCGCGGCGGGCGCAUCAAGCACUCGGAGUACUACCAGUGCGGCAAGGGCCGUGACCUCGGCUUCGGCACGAUUCUCAACUUCCAGACUAAGAUCGGCACUGGUAUGGGCGAGCAAAUGCUCUCCCGCGAGUACUAUUACCUCGGCACCCAGCUUCCGAUGGACCGCUUCCUCACGUUCUACUACGGCCACCCCGGUUUCCACAUCAACAACAUUCUCGUCAUGAUGUCGGUCCAGGUGUUCAUGCUCACUCUUGUGUUCCUCGGCUCGCUCAACCAGUCCAUCGCCGUCUGCACCUACAACGAGGUCGGCAAGAACCCGCUUCCUCCCGGAUGCUACAACCUGCAGCCCGUCUUCCGCUGGAUCAAGCGUUGCAUUAUCUCGAUCCUCAUCGUGUUUUGGAUUGCUUUCGUGCCCCUCUUCGUCCAGGAGCUCACCGAGCGUGGAACCGGUCGUGCCAUCGUCCGUCUCGCAAAGCACUUCAUGUCACUGUCGCCCGUCUUCGAGGUCUUCUCGACACAAAUCUACAUGCACUCGAUCAUCAACGACCUCACCUUCGGCGGCGCCCGCUACAUCGCCACGGGCCGUGGCUUUGCGACCACCCGUAUCUCGUUCUCGAUUCUCUACUCGCGUUUCGCCGGGCCGUCCAUCUACCUUGGUGUGCGUACGCUUGUCCUCCUGCUCUACGUCACCCUUGCGGUCUGGGUCCCGCACCUGAUCUACUUCUGGAUUACGGUCGUUGGUCUGUGCAUUGCGCCGUUCCUCUUCAACCCUCACCAGUUCUCUUACACCGACUUCAUCAUCGACUACCGCGAGUUCCUUCGCUGGAUGUCGCGUGGUAACUCGCGCACCCACGCCAACUCGUGGGUCGGCUACUGCCGUCUGUCGCGUACGCGCAUCACUGGUUUCAAGCGCAAGCGACUUGGUCUUCCUUCCGAGAAGCUGUCUAGCGACAUGCCCCGUGCCCCAUGGCGUGCGAUCAUCGUUGGCGAGAUUCUAGGCCCUCUGGCCCUCGCGGUCAUCUUUGUCAUCUGCUACCUGUUCGUUCAGUCGUUCCCAGGUAACAUUUACGAGGGCAACACUGUUCAGGUGCCGGCGCUCCUCCGCAUUGCGGUCGUCGCCGUUGGCCCAAUCGUCUUCAACAUGGCCUUGCUGCUCGUCCUCUUCCUGGUCUCGGUCUUCCUCGGCCCGUGCAUCAACUCGUGCACCACUCAGUUUGGUGCGACCAUGGCAGCCAUUGCCCACCUGGGUGCGGUUGUGGGCAUGGUCGCGUUCUUCGAGUUCCUGUGGUACCUGGAGCGUUGGAACGCGGCGCGCACCGUACUCGGCGUCGUCACCGUUGUUGCGGUGCAACGUUGUAUCUUCAAGAUCCUCAUCGCCGUUUUCCUCUCUCGCGAGUUCAAGCACGACGAGACCAACCGCGCCUGGUGGACUGGUGUCUGGUUCAACCGGGGCCUCGGCUCGCACGCCCUCAGCCAGCCAGCCCGUGAAUUCAUCGUCAAGACGAUUGAGAUGGGCUUGUAUGCGGCGGACUUCAUCACCUGCCACCUGCUUCUCCUUCUUCUCACCUUCCCGAUGCUCAUUCCCUUCUUCGACCGGCUACAUGCAACCAUGCUGUUCUGGCUCUCGCCUAGCCAGCAAAUUCGCCCGCCGAUCUACUCCCUGCGUCAGCGCAAGCAGCGCCGCAAGAUUGUGUUCAAGUAUACCAUCGUGUACUUCCUCAUCCAGGCAAUCUUCAUCGCUAUGAUUGUCGUGCCCGUUAUCUUCAAGGUCGCGCUCAACUGGGCGCCCAAGGGCGCUCCUUUCAACGGCUCGAUCUAA